AUGAAUUACGAGAAUUAUGAAAAAUGGCUUAGGACACAAUUAAUUCCCAACCUACCACCCAAUUCUGUAGUGGUUGUCGACAACGCUUCAUACCACAAUAAACAAUGGGAUUUAGCACCGUCCUCCAAUACCAAAAAAGCCGAUAUGCAGAAUUGGCUAACUGAUAAAGGCAUACAAUAUGAUUCAACAAUGCUCAAGCCACAAUUGUACAACUUGAUAAAAGCUAAUAAAGAAAGAUUUAAAACUUUUUCAAUAGAUCAAAUUUUAGCAGAAGCAAACCAUAGCAUAUUGAGAUUACCGCCUUACCAUCCAGACCUCAACCCCAUAGAAAUGGCAUGGGCUACUAUUAAACAAUAUGUAGCUAGCAAAAAUGUUAAAUGGAAUUUACAAGAAUGUACCAAACUUAUCAAAGAAAAAGUAUCCUUAAUGGGUGCCCAGGAAUGGGGAAAAAUAUGUAAAAAGGUAAAAGAUAUAGAAGAAGAGUACGUCAAGAGUGACCAUGUAGUUGAUUUACUUACCGAGCAAUUUAUAAUUCGCGUCGAUGAUAGUUCCGAAGACGAUGAUUCUGAUGAUGGUUAUGAAGAUGAUGAUGAUGACAACUGCAACCGAGGAAGCCCUGAACCCGGACCCUCAACAAGCAAAAGACGUUGCACAAUUUCGUGUCGCGGCAGCACCACUGGACCAUGA